AUAAUUUAAGAGAUUUUAGUGUAUUUUCAAGCUAAUAAAAGAAUAUCCUUGAUAAGGCUUUUUUUAUCGACUAAUUUAAUCAAAUUUGUUUGAAUUAAUCACUAUAAAUAGUGAUACUCAAAAUCACUUUUGCAUAUAAAUUUCAUAUCAAAAUAAAUACACUUGUUUUUAGUAAAAAAGCAAACCUCUCAGCCUACUCUUAGUAAGUUAGUAACCUAGCCAACCCAACCCAAGCAUAACGCUAAUCAAUAGAAAAAAUGUCAAAAGCAUUCUAAAUCUAAUUAGUCAAAACAAUUUCAGAAAAAGUCUCCAAGGAUUGCCAAAUUCAAAAGUCAAGCUUGAAAGAAAUUAUCAAAUUUAUGUUCAACCAGAAAAACUAUUUCUCAAAUUUUGAGUACUUAAACAAUGGCGCUUACGCUGUCGUCUUGAGAGCUUAUAACACUAAAAAGAAUCGUACUGUUGCCCUUAAAUUCCUAACAUAUACGAACAAAGAGGAUAAGAAUGGCAUCGAAUCUUUGAAAAAAGAAUAUGAAAUGCUUCAGAAAUUCAGCUAAUCUGAUUUUUUGGUAAAUGUCUAUGAAUGCUUCUAUUUAAUGGAAGAAAAUGUAGAAGAAGAUGAAGAUGGUAACAAAAAAGUCGUCUUAACAGAUGAGAAGUCCUUUUUUGUGAUGGAAAUGGAGCUUUGCUAGCAAAAUCUUAAACAGCUCUUCGAUUUUUUAAGAAGUACAUAGCUACCUUCUAAAGAAAUAAAAGAAAUAAUAGCUAUUCAAAUGUUAGAAGGAUUGAAUAAUCUUCAUGUUAAAAAUAUCAUGCACAGAGACAUCAAACCUCACAAUUUCCUAGUUUGUCCUUCUCAAACUUAUGGAUUUACCAUCAAACUCUGUGAUUUAGGAUUUGCAUCUGCAGUAACGAAAUCUAAAAGUCACUACAUAUCAAAGAAAAGAACUGAUGCUUACUUUGCUCCUGAGGUAGAAAAAGGAUAGUCUAGAAUUCAGUCGGACCUCUUUUCUCUAGGAUUAGUUUUACUUGAGCUAGAUAAUCUAAAAGUGUUAAAUGAAAAUUGGAUUGACUAUUUUACAAAAGGAGAGAUUUACUAAGGAAAAUCAAUAGCUUCAAAUUAUUAGAUUGAUAGAAAUUCUAAUAUUUAUAAAAUAGCUUAGAUUUGCUUAAAACCAAAUUAUUUGGAAAGGACAACUUCUGGAGACCUACUUUCUGAGCUUAUUAAGCUUCAUGGAUAACCAUUGAAAUUCACACUAACUUCUAUGAUUUUAGAAGAACAAAUUCCAUAGUAAGCAUAAUAAAUAUUCAAUAGUAUUAAUGAGCUUCAAAAAAAUCAAACUUAAUUUGAAGAGUAAGCACAGAUGCUGCUUUAUAACACAGAUUCAAAAAUAAUGAAAAAAGAUACUUAAAAACAAUUUACAAAAGUAGAAAUACUAUCCAAACUAUUAAAAAGUCUAUAUGAUGAUAAGAAGUAUGUAAAUAAUUUCCAAAUUCUUAGUUUUGGAAGCUUUGGCAUGGUAUUAUCUACUAAAAAAGUUAACUUGAACAACAAGGAAAUAGUACUAAAAAUAUAAAAGAUUGUAAAUGAACAAGAAAUUUAAAAUGAAAUUAGAAUAAUGUAACAAUUAAAAACUCCAUUAGUAGUCUAGCUAUAUGACAAUUAUGUUAUAGAAAAAGUUACAGCACCUGAAAAAUAUGUAGUUUUUGAGUUAGAAAAGUGUUCAUGUUCACUCUAAGAUUAUCUCGAAAGAUAAACAAAAGAAGGAGAAUUUAGUGAUGAAGAAAAACUGAAUAUUGCACUCCAAAUAAUUGAUUCUGUCAAUUAUAUUCAUUGUUUCAAUAUUAUUCAUAGAGAUAUUAAACCUGACAAUUUUUUGGUUUGUUUGGAAGGCAAUCAACUUUAAAUCAAACUAUGUGAUUUUGGAUUAUCAGCUUAACUUGGAAAAGAUUCUGAAUAGAUUGAAAGUUUAGAUAUAAUAGGAAAUUAGGCGUACACGGCACCUGAAAUUUUAACUAAAGAAGAUGAUUAAUAUAAAAUAUAUUCUAAAAAAUCGGAUUCUUACUCAGUUGGUUUACUAUUAACAUUGCUUGACAACUACUUAAUUUUGAAAGAAAUAGUAGGAGCUACAUUCAUAAAUAUGACUUUAGAGUAAUAUGACGAGCCUUUCAAAAAAUAAAACAUAAAUAUUAAGCAAAACACUGAAAUAUUUAAAUUUAUUAAACUUUUAGUUGUAUGGGAAAGAGUCAGAAGAGCUUCUCUUUCUAUCAUUGUUGAAUAAAAUUCAAAAAAAUUUAAAUCAAACUAAAGUGAGAUGAAAUAAAUUAUAUCAUAGCAUUCUUUAGAUUCAAAAUAAAAUGCUGAAACUGUAAACAUCGGAUCUACUGCUCCAUUAAUUUCUUAAAAUUAGAUUCCAAUUUAAGAUAUCAAGUAGAUUAAGAUAGAGAGUAUGAAGGAUUUGUAUAAAAUUACAGAAUUUCAUUAUGUCGAAAUAUAUUUAAGUUCGAAUAAAAUUAGUGAUGAAGGUGCAAAAGAUUUAGGCACAGGAAUAGCAUAGUGCAAGAAUAUCACAACUUUGACGCUUAACUUACAUUCGAAUAAUAUUGGUGCAUAUGGUGCAAAAGAUUUAGGCACAGGAAUAGCCUAGUGCAAGAAUAUCACAACUUUGACGCUUGAAUUAUUUUCGAAUAAUAUUGGUGCAUAUGGUGCAAAAGAUUUAGGCACAGGAAUAGCCUAGUGCAAGAAUAUCAUAACUUUGACGCUUAAUUUACAUUCGAAUAAUAUUGGUGCAUAUGGUGCAAAAGAUUUAGGCACAGGAAUAGCCUAGUGCAAGAAUAUCAUAACUUUGACGCUUAACUUACAUUCGAAUAAUAUUGGUGCAUAUGGUGCAAAAGAUUUAGGCACAGGAAUAGCCUAGUGCAAGAAUAUCACUACUUUGACGCUUAACUUAGGUUCGAAUAAUAUUGGUGCAUAUGGUGCAAAAGAUUUAGGCACAGGAAUAGCCUAGUGCAAAAAUAUCACAAUUUUGACGCUUAACUUACAUUCGAAUAAUAUUGGUGCAUAUGGUGCAAAAGAUUUAGGCACAGGAAUAGCCUAGUGCAAAAAUAUCACAAUUUUGACGCUUAACUUACAUUCGAAUAAUAUUGAUGCAUAUGGUGCAAAAGAUUUAGGCACUGGAAUAGCCUAGUGCAAGAAUAUCACAACUUUGACGCUUAACUUACAUUCGAAUAAUAUUGGUGCAUAUGGUGCAAAAGAUUUAGGCACAGGAAUAGCCUAGUGCAAGAAUAUCACAACUUUGACGCUUAACUUACAUUCGAAUAAUAUUGGUGCAUUUGGUGCAAUAAAUUUAGGCACAGGAAUAGCCUAAUGCAAUAAUAUCACAACUUUGACGCUUAACUUACAUUCGAAUAAAAUUAGUGAUGAAGGUGCAAAAGAUUUAGGCACAGGAAUAGACUAGUGCAAGAAUAUCACAACUUUGACGCUUAACUUACAUUCGAAUAAUAUUGGUGCAUAUGGUGCAAAACAGUUAGGCACAAGAAUAGCCUAGUGCAAGAAAAUCACAACUUUGACGCUUAAAUUACGUUCGAAUAAAAUUGGUGAUGAGGGUACAAAAUAUUUAGGCACAGGAAUAGCCUAGUGCAAGAAUAUCACAACUUUGACGCUUGAAUUAUUUUGGAAUAAAAUUGGUGAUGAGGGUGCAAAACAUUUAGGCACAGGAAUAGACUAGUGCAAGAAUAUAACAACUUUGACGCUUAACUUACAUUCGAAUAAAAUUAGUGAUGAGGGUGCAAAAUAUUUAGGCACAGGAAUAGCCUAGUGCAAUAAAAUCACAACUUUGACGCUUAACUUACAAUAGAAUUAAAUUGGUGCAUAUGGUGCAAAAGAUUUAGUCACAGGAAUAGCCUAGUGCAAGAAUAUCACAACUUUGACGCUUGAAUUAUUAGAGAAUAAAAUUGGUGAUGAGGGUGCAAAAGUUUUAGGCACAGCAAUAGCAUAGUACAAGAAUAUCACAACUUUGACACUUAACUUACAUUCGAAUAAUAUUGGUGAAUAUGGUGCAAUAAAUUUAGGCACAGGAAUAGCCUAGUGCAAGAAUAUCAUAACUUUGACGCUUAACUUACAAGAGAAUAAAAUUGGUGAUGAGGGUGCAAAAGAUUUAGGCACAGGAAUAGGAUAGUGCAAGAAUAUCACAACUUUGACGCUUGAAUUAUUAGAGAAUAAAAUUGGUGAUGAGGGUGCAAAAGUAUUAGGCACAGGAAUAGGCUAUUGCAUGAAUAUCACAACUUUGAUGCUUAACUUACAUUCGAAUAAUAUUGGUGCAUAUGGUGCAAUAUAUUUAGGCACAGGAAUAGCCUAGUGCAGGAAUAUCACAACUUUGAGGCUUAACUUACAAGAGAAUAAAAUUGGUGAUGAGGGUGCAAAAGUUUUAGGCAGAGCAAUAGCAUAGUACAAGAAUAUCAUAACUUUGACGCUUAACUUAAAUUCGAAUAAUAUUGGUGCAUAUGGUACAAAAGAUUUAGGCACAGGAAUAGCCUAGUGCAAGAAUAUCACAACUUUGACGCUUAAUUUAGGUUUGAAUAAUAUUGGUGAUGAGGGUGGAAAAGAUUUAGGAACAGGAAUAGCCCAUUGCAGGAAUAUCACAACUUUGACGCUUAACUUAGGUUGGAAUAAAAUUGGUGCAUAUGGUGCAAUAUAUUUAGGCACAGAAAUAGCCUAAUGCAAGAAUAUCGCAACUUUGACGCUUGAAUUAUUUUCAAAUAAAAUUGGUGAUGAGGGUGCAAAAUAUUUAGGCACAGAAAUAGCCUAGUGCAAGAAUAUCAUAACAUUGACGCUUAAUUUACAUUCGAAUAUAAUUGGUGAUGAGGGUGCAAAAGAUUUAGGCACAGGAAUAGCCUAUUGCAAGAAUAUCACAACUUUGACGCUUGAAUUAUAGUAAAAAUUUAAUUUAUUGAUUAAUAAACUAAUGUGCGCUUGCCACGUGAAUUACCGGAAUAUUUUAAGCUUUUGA